AUGGAUGAAAUUCGGCAGAAACAAGUUGCUUAUGAAUACCUUUGCCACCUGGAAGAGGCAAGAAAAUGGAUGGAGGCUGUGCUUCGCGAAGAACUUCCACCUUGCACAGAACUAGAAGAAUAUCUGAGGAAUGGAGUCAUUUUAGCAAAAUUAGGAAACAUUAUUGCUCCAGAAACUGUUCCGAAGAACCGCAUUUACGAUCAAGACCUAAAGCGGUACCGGGCUGCAGGUCUCCAUUUUCGUCACACCGACAAUAUAAACUAUUGGAUCAAGUCAUUAAAGACUGUAAAAUUGCCAUUGACAUUCCAACCUGAAACAACUGAUGUGUAUGACAAGAAGAACAUGCCUCGAGUAAUAUACUGUGUGCACGCCCUUAGCUCACACUUGUUCAAACUGGGGAAGGCACCUCAGAUACAGGAUCUGUAUGGGAAAAUCACAUUUACAGAUGAGGAGAUCACAGUGAUGAGCAGUGAACUACAGAAGUACGGAGUACAGUUGCCAGCCUUCCAGAAGAUAGGAGGUUUGUUGGCCAAGGAGCUACCCGGGGACUCUGCUGCUCUACAUGCUGCUGUCAUAGCCAUCAACCAAGCCGUGGAUGCUGAGGAUUCACAAGCACUGUUAACGAGUUUACAAAAUAGAAAUGCCAAGCUGGAGUUUGUUUUGACUGAAUAUUUAGAGAAAUAUGCUGCAACAUUGAAAACAGCAAAGGCAGCCAAAGUGGAAGCUGCAUUGAAUAGGUCCCUGAAUGAUAGCUACGUUGCUGAUGUAUACGACGAACUGCUCACUCAAGCCGAACUUCAGGGACAUAUAAACUCUGUCAAUGUUGGCCAGAAGUGGAAUGAGGUUCUGGACAUUGUUGCUCAGAACGACCCUGACCGGAUGUCGUCUGCAUUGGCGUCUCCUUGCCUUCAACUCAUGAAUGUGGAACAGACAAACGGUCAGUUUUAUGAGGAAGGUUUACGAUGUCUAGUGGAGAGUGGCAACUGGAUAGAAUACGAAGAAAGUUCCGAGUGGCGCAAGGUGAUGCAGGAAAUCGUUAAUAAUGGAAACAUCAGUGCUCUGACACAUCGAAGACGGACAGCAGCUGUAGUUAGAGUCAAUGAAGAGCUUGCUGGGGGCUCUGUGGACGGGUUGUUAGCAGCUCUGAGUAACCCAGCACUAGACAUAGACUCUGAACUACUCACUGAGUUUGCUGCCCCUCUCUACUGGGAAGAGAUGGUUGCUGACAGAAUGGACUGUGGUCACGAUCUCACCCUGCAGGACAUCAAGACAAGUGUUAGAGUUCUGUCCCAGAUUGCAGCUCUCUCCAGUGCUUUAGACUCCAAGAGCCACGACCGCAUAUGGACUAAACUCAUGGACCUGUCAGCUAUACUGCGGUUUGAGGGACUGGACCCGUCACUGCAGACUCAGUAUUGCAAGGGACUGAUUGCUGGUCGCAACUACAAACUGUUAGAGAACAUAGAAUGCACCAUUCUCAACUCUGCUGAUGUGCAGGACUGUAUACGUCUGGUCAACUCCACCUACGAGGAGAACAAGCGAAUGAUAGACUGUCUGCAGUGUUUGAACACAGCUGUGAGAGAGAGAUCUCAGACUAGGCUGUGGGAUUGUCUACAAGACCCUACACUACAUCUGGCUGACAGAACUACGCUACAUGACAGUGAUCUGCCUCUUAUACUCAACCUGUUGCAGAACCGACUAGAUGAGCAGGCGGAAGGGGUUGAGUUGUGGUUGGAAGAUGUCAAGUCAGCUAUCAGGGAAGCCCACAGUCUCAUAGAUGAGGCACAGACUGCUUGCAGAUGGCUCAGCGAAGUGAAUUCUGGACUGAGCAACAAAAACCGACAUAAGGUAGUGGAUGCUCUAUGUAACAUGCCUGGAUAUUCAGUGCAAGAGCCUUCACAAUGUUACCAAAGACUACUGGCAGUCAAGUCUCAAAAGAGAGUUCAGUCCAAAUGCACUUGGAUCACUCACAGACUACAGUCUGGCCAGAAUGUGUUCCUCAACUUGGAUACUCUGGAGUGCAGCUGGACUCGACCUUACGGCUACAACAACCAGUCCUGCCACCUGGACUUUAGUGAGAUCCAGAACACAAUAGAGGAGUACGAGAGGUCUGUAGUUCAAGCACGUAACCGCCAUCAUGUAGAGCGUAGCGUGAUUCGUCUACAGGCCCGGUGUAGAGGCUAUUUGGUGCGAAAACACAUCAACGACCGUCUCCAACACUUCAGACACCACGAGCAACAAGUUGUCUCCAUACAGCGUUGGUGGAGAAAUGAGAUGGCAAAGCGUCGCAGGAGAGAAAAUGCUGCAAAAUUGCCGAAGAAGAGAUCUAGUUGUAAAUGGACAGAGUUGAACAACAGUGAACAAAGUCGAAAGAGGGUUCUAGAAUACUACAAACCUCACGAGAAAAAGAUUGUCAAGAUCCAAGCUGUAUGGAGAGGAUGUAAGGCCAGACGAGCGUUUGUUGAUCUGCUACAAACUGCCAAUCCGUCAUUUAAAGUUGUGCGUCUCUUUCUUCAUUUGCUAGACUUCAGUAUCGAAGACUACCACAGGGAACUACAGCUUCAGACACUGAAGGAGCAAGUGGUGCAAGCCAUUCGUCACAACAAACAACUCGCUCAGCAGAUUGACAAGAUGGACGUUACGAUCGGCCUGCUGGUGCAGAACAGAAUAUCUCUACAGGAUGCAGUGAAGCAAGGCAAAUCUCUGAGUGCAGCUACUCAGGGUCAGUCCGGGGGACUCAAAGCUCUAUCUGCAGCGUCUCACAACAGACUACAGGGUUACCAACAUCUCUUCUACUUCUUGCAGACUCGACCUCAGUACCUGGCCAAGCUGAUCUUCUGCCUACCUGAAAGGUGGACCCACAGAUUUCUCAGCAACGUUAUUCUCACCUUGUUCCACUACGGAGCUCAUCACAGGGAAGAAUAUCUGCUGCUGAGGCUGUUCAGGUUCGCUUUACAGGAAGAAAUUAGGUGCAAGUUCAGCAAGCCAGCGGAUGUGACUACUGGAGAUCCUCUUGUGUUGAGGAUGGUGGUCAACUACGCUAGACAGAGAUCAGGGCAGAACGCACUGCAGUUCAUACUUGGACCUCUUAUAGAAAAGCUGCUGGCAGAUAAACAUGUAAGCAUAGACACCAACCCAGUGGCCAUCUACAACCAGUGGAGAAACCAGCAAGAAAUGUCCACAGGAAAACCCUCGGACCUUCCCACUGGACUGAACCAAGAGCAAGCCCUUGGCUACCAGGAGGUUAGAGACAGACUGGCUGAUGCUAUCUCUACACUCAAGUCUACGGCAGCUAGGUUCCUACAGAGGAUAACUGAGUCUAAGCAACUCAUACCUUACGGGCUGCUGUUUACUGCUAAGGAGCUCAAGUCAGCUCUGCACGCUAAGUUUCCUGAUGCCCAAGAGAAGGAGAUACUUAAGGUUGUGGGGAACCUGAUCUACUACAAGUUUAUCAACCCAUCAAUUGUUGCUCCAGAGACCUAUGAGAUAAUCUCUCUCCCGGCUGAGAAGACUUUGACCACAGAACAACGACACACACUGGCCAGCAUUGCCAAGAUAUUGCAGUUUGCUUCUGCUAAGAAAGGGUUUGGUGAGGAGUCGAAACAUUUGAUGGUUCUCAACCCAUUCCUGAUAGAAUGCCACGAGAAACUGAAAGUCUUCUUUAAGAGCUGCUGUGAUGUAGAGGAUUUGGAGACUCAUUUCAAUGUGUCCGAGUUCUCCGAAGCUACCCUUAUCUCUCGCCCAAGUGUGGUCAUAACCAUAGAGGAGGUGUGCAACAUGCACCAGUUUGUGUUUGACUACGCCAACGAGAUAGCGCCGGACCCACUGGACCCGCUGCAUGAACUGUUGGAAGACGUUGGCCCCGUCCCCACUGUGCCACAACUGAUGGGCCAUGAAGGUGAGGAGUUGACUGGUGAAGUUAUCAAGAGACUCGGACAGACAGAGUUUUGUCUACAUCUCACUGACAAGUUUGAGGUCCCUCAGGACAAUACAGAUACCACCAAGAUGUUCAUCAAAGCUAAGGAGUUGGCUGUGAGUGUGAUGCCGUAUCUCUCAGGACACAACCUACCAGGAGCUCUGCGGCUAGAGAGUACAGCUGCGCAGGAGGAGGCGUUCACGCGAAGACAAGCCAACAACCGCGCAGAGGCCAUCAACUGCUCUCUGCACAACAUACUGGACGACCAGCCUAGUUCACUGAAGGAGUGCAAGUCUAAGUUGAGAAAGUACCUGAGUAAGCUGGAUGAGGCAGGGUUGGUCAGCAGAGAUGAUGGCUACCAAACUAUUUUGUCAGCGAUCGCAGCUGAUAUCUCCAACAAGGGCAGAUAUCGCCAGAUACAAUCACAGGAACUGCAAAAUGUGAAAAUGACAAAGCAGACUUUAUUAGAAAAGACGAGGUUUUAUGAAGAACAAGCCGAUUAUUAUAACAAGUACAUAAAAACUUGCUUGGAGAAUUUGAAUGCUGGAAAGAGGAAUGUACAUAAGAAGUCCGGUGGUCGGAAGGUGAAGACGCAAUGUUUGAAGUACUCUGGAGCCAAGUUACAUGACAAGGGAGUGUUGGUGUCAGUGGAGGGGUUGCCUAGUCAACAAUACAAGAACAUCAUGUUCGAGAUCAGACCUACGGAGAACCACGGCGUGUUCAGUGUGUGCGGCAAGUUUAUGGGAGUGGAGAUGGAGACCAUCGAGAUUGACAUACAGAACUUGCUGCAACUUCAGUUCGAAGGAGUCUCUGUCAUGGAUAUUUUCAACAAAGCGAAAAUCAACAUCAACUUGCUUCUGUACCUCUUAAACACCAAGUUUUACAAGAUCCACUAGUUUUUAAAACCUGACCGCUAUUGUGACAAUUUUUCUAAAAGUGGUAGCCUAGAUGUAGUUUUCUGUUUUUGCACAUUCCGUAUUAACCAAUAUGUAUUUAUAAAAUUAAUAUAAAUCAUGUAAAUAUUAAUCCUUUUGUUAACAACACAGGCAGACUUCUUCUGUUGGAAAUCUGUUUUAUAGAUAAAUGAUUAACAUAGUUCUACCUUGACAUUUGUUUAGUUAUAUAUUUUAAUGAGUGCUGAAUGGUUGUGAAAUAUUUUAUUUAUGUAUUUAACUUUCGGACACCAGUCCAGAUUUUAACCAAAGUAAUCUUAGUUUUAGGACUUUUGUAAAUAGCACAAAUGUGUAUCUUGUAAACGUAUAUGUAUCUUUUAAUUAGUCAAAUGUAGCUGAGCCGAUUAUUUAGUAGCCUGCAUGUCUUCAUAUAACAUGCAGUUAACAAGAGCUGAGUGGUUAUAGUGCUCA